AUGAAGUUUGAGCGCAUGCCCAUCGAGAUAGAGUCGCCCGAGGAGUACGGCUACGACAAGAUCAAGUACAACCUCUCAGAAAGCUCCGUUACCGACCAGACUCUGGAGUCACUGGACAUCAGGCUCCCAAAUCUUACGCUCCUUUACAAUGAGCACCGCGGCGAGACCAAGUUGCGAAAGCUCAUCGCCGACGAUGCUGGCGUGAGUGAAGACGACAUUCUCAUUACCUCAGGGGCUGCCGGUGCGCUGUUCAUCAUCACGACCUCUCAAUUGGGUAGCACCCCGGACUCAGAGCGUAAUCAUCUUGUCGUAGUACGACCCAACUACGCAACCAACCUGGAAACUCCAAAGGCUGUUGGCUGCGAGAUCUCAUACAUCGAUGUCACUUUUGAGAAUGACUUCCAGCCCAACAUCGAUCAGGUUGAGGCUGCUAUCAAGUCCAACACUCGUAUUGUGUCCGUGACAUGCCCACAUAACCCUACCGGCUCUACACUCUCUCGGGAGGCACUCGACAAACUUGUUGCUAUCACAAAGAACAAGGGUGUUCUCCUACUUGUCGAUGAGACAUACCGGGACAUUGCUUUUGCCGAAAAGCUCCCUGUCGCCGCCUCUUUGGGCGAUCAUGUUCUGAGCGUCUGCUCACUUUCAAAGUCCUUUGGUAUGCCUGGAGUCCGCAUCGGUUGGCUUAUCACCACCAACAAGACCCUCCAGGAAACGUUCCUCGCUGCCAAGGAACAGAUCAGCAUCAGUGGCAGUGUCAUCAACGAGUGGAUUGCAAUCGAUGUCCUGUCCCGACGUGAGAAAAUCUUGGGCGACACAACGAAUGAGAUGAGGGUCCGACUUCAGAUGGUAGAGUCUUGGAUCGAAAGUGAGGAGCUGCUGGAAUGGGUCAAGCCGACUGGUGGCGUCGUCUGCUUUCCUCGUAUUAAGAAGGAACCUAAGGGCGGAUUUUCGGCGUUCUACGAGAAGCUCCUCAAUACGCAUGCGACAUAUGUUGGACCUGGUCAUUGGUUUGAAAUGUCCGAUAGCUUCUUCAGGCUUGGCUAUGGAUGGCCUACUCGGGAGGAGCUUGAAAUAGGCAUGAAGGCAAUCUCGGCUGCGCUGCGAGAUGAAUAG